AUGCAAGAUCAAAAAGGAAAAGUGUACAAGAAAAAAAAGUGUUUCAAAUCUACUAAAAAAUUAUAAGAGAUUCCCCCCAUUUCUACUUAAAGAACACUCAAGACAACCGACUAAAUAUUAUCAUAGAGAAGUCCCAUAACUGGUACUACAAAAAAUACAAUUGAAACUAAACGAAGCAUGUCACCUGAAGAAUUAAAAUCUUUCAGAAAAAGUAAUAAGAUUUAAAAAUUAGAAAGUCACCAAUAAUCCAAUAUAAAGAUUCCUUUAUUCACUGAAAAAUUAUAAUAUAAUAAAAAAUUGUCAAUUCAAAAAUUUAUAAAGGAAAAAUAAUAAUCUAAUUUUAUAAAAGAGAAGCUUAUGUAAUAGAAAAUUGUGAAUGAAAAAUAAAAAAAGUAUUAUUCAGACUUAUAUAUGUUUUUAGAUUAUUCAAUCUAUAAAAAUUACAAAUAAAAACUAAUUAAAUAUUUGAAAAUGCUAUAAAAUUAAAGUAGAAAAUAUAGAUGAAAAAAAAGUUGAAAAGAUUCAAAUUAUAUGAAAUUAUCAAAAGGUUUUAAGAAAUUUCCAAAAGAUAUGAAAUAAUUUAACUUAAUUAAAUUGCUAAAUUCUAAUCCCAAAUAGUUAAGCAUUCAUAAUCUUAGAAACCUUAAACUAAAAAUGAAACCUAAAUCAAUAUUAAUGAAGAAGAAAAAAUUAAAGAAUUAAAUUUACAUCAAGCAGCCUUUUUAAUUUAAAACAAAUGGAAAGAAUUUAAAAAGAAAAAAUAUUCUUAAACUAAAUUAUAAUAAAUCAGUUUAUAUUGGGAACCUUAAUAAGUAUUAUCUAGUAAUUUUGAGGAUGACUUUCCUUUUUAUUAAGUAGGAGAAAAAUAAGUUCAUAUUUCAAAUAUUAGAAGUUCAAUCAUUUCUGAAGAAUCUUCAUCUAUUGUGAAUUAAUUAAAUUAAGAAUUUGAUAAUUAGAAUCUCUUUACUUAAAGAAUAGUUAAAGAUAAAGAUACUUCUAGCAUAAACAAAUAAAUGCAAUAAUAAAUUAUAUCUAUAGUCUAAAAUCAGUUAAAAUAGUAAGGAAAUAUUGCAGAUAGAAAAAGUGAAAAUGAAGUUUUGAAGGAGAGAAGUAUAANUACAAGAAAAAAAAGUGUUUCAAAUCUACUAAAAAAUUAUAAGAGAUUCCCCCCAUUUCUACUUAAAGAACACUCAAGACAACCGACUAAAUAUUAUCAUAGAGAAGUCCCAUAACUGGUACUACAAAAAAUACAAUUGAAACUAAACGAAGCAUGUCACCUGAAGAAUUAAAAUCUUUCAGAAAAAGUAAUAAGAUUUAAAAAUUAGAAAGUCACCAAUAAUCCAAUAUAAAGAUUCCUUUAUUCACUGAAAAAUUAUAAUAUAAUAAAAAAUUGUCAAUUCAAAAAUUUAUAAAGGAAAAAUAAUAAUCUAAUUUUAUAAAAGAGAAGCUUAUGUAAUAGAAAAUUGUGAAUGAAAAAUAAAAAAAGUAUUAUUCAGACUUAUAUAUGUUUUUAGAUUAUUCAAUCUAUAAAAAUUACAAAUAAAAACUAAUUAAAUAUUUGAAAAUGCUAUAAAAUUAAAGUAGAAAAUAUAGAUGAAAAAAAAGUUGAAAAGAUUCAAAUUAUAUGAAAUUAUCAAAAGGUUUUAAGAAAUUUCCAAAAGAUAUGAAAUAAUUUAACUUAAUUAAAUUGCUAAAUUCUAAUCCCAAAUAGUUAAGCAUUCAUAAUCUUAGAAACCUUAAACUAAAAAUGAAACCUAAAUCAAUAUUAAUGAAGAAGAAAAAAUUAAAGAAUUAAAUUUACAUCAAGCAGCCUUUUUAAUUUAAAACAAAUGGAAAGAAUUUAAAAAGAAAAAAUAUUCUUAAACUAAAUUAUAAUAAAUCAGUUUAUAUUGGGAACCUUAAUAAGUAUUAUCUAGUAAUUUUGAGGAUGACUUUCCUUUUUAUUAAGUAGGAGAAAAAUAAGUUCAUAUUUCAAAUAUUAGAAGUUCAAUCAUUUCUGAAGAAUCUUCAUCUAUUGUGAAUUAAUUAAAUUAAGAAUUUGAUAAUUAGAAUCUCUUUACUUAAAGAAUAGUUAAAGAUAAAGAUACUUCUAGCAUAAACAAAUAAAUGCAAUAAUAAAUUAUAUCUAUAGUCUAAAAUCAGUUAAAAUAGUAAGGAAAUAUUGCAGAUAGAAAAAGUGAAAAUGAAGUUUUGAAGGAGAGAAGUAUAAAUAAUCAUUAAAAAAUAUCAAAUGAGGAUCUUACUUAAACUAAUCUACUCUAAUUAUAAUGGCUAUUGUAAUAAGAAUAAAACUUAAUAUUAAAUUACAGAAAAGAAGCACUUUACCUCAGAUACAAUAUUGAAUAAAAGAAUACUACAGAAAAAGAUCAGUAAUUACUUGAUGAAUGGCUCAAUAGAGAAUUAGAAGAUUUAUAAAAUACAAGAAAGGCUUUUGAAAUUAGACAAAGGAGAGAAAUAUCAGCGUUAAAAAAAAUUCAAAGAGAUAUUCUGAUUGCAUCUGCAGAACCUUAGUUUGAUUUAUAAGAUAGCUUAUAGAUCUAAUAAAUAUAAUAAUACAUAGAUGAAUAAUUUAAUGGUCUUAAAGUUGCAAAAUAGAAUUAGAAAUCAUAAAAGAAUAUCUAAGAAACUGUAAAUUUUUUAACUAUAGAAAUCAUAAAUGAUAUGAUAACAGAUUUUUCUGAAGAAAUAUUAAAUAAAAAGGAUGAUCUUUAUCUAAUAAUUUCAUAACUUAUUGUGGAUUAAUAAUAACCUCCUUGUGUUCCUACUUCAAUGUCUGAUAUCGAAUAAUAUAUAGAUAACUUAUUCAAAUAUAUUUUGGAUCAUCAUAAAUAAUCCUUAAUCAAAAAUAUGAAUACUCCUUUUGGAUUUACACCUUUGGAAAGAUUGAGACUGAUACAUGGAAAUUAAGAAGAUGAAGUGAAUAAUGAUAAUUAAGAAUUCCAAAAAACAAUUGAUUAUCCAUUAGAUGAAACUAUAUAUAUUGAAUAUGAAAAUUAGAGAAAAUGCAUGACUGAAAAUGAUGAUGAAAUUGAAUGGGCUAUUUUAGAAUUAUAGCGUAUUCAUAAUAAAGCAAUAUUUGAUGCUUGUAAUGAAGUUUUAAAUCAUUAUAGACCAUAUUAUUACAGUAAUAAUUUAAAUUACAUUAUAAAGAUUCUGAUAUAAAAUAUCCAUGGGAAUAAAAUAGAAUAAAUUUAUAAUAAAUAUCUAAUGAAAAUCUAACUUAAAUAUUGGAAAAAGUUAAAUUAAUAGUAUCAAAAUAGAGUAAAGUUUUAUGUGGUUUUUAUACACCUGAAGAUUUCGAAACUGUUAAAUAAGAGAAAUAAGAUAUAAUUGAUGAGAAACAUAUAUUAAUGCUCAUGUAACAGUUAAGUUAAGUUGAGAAUCCUUUAUUAGUGGAUACAAAUGUCUAAUUUGAUAAUUUGGAUUUUAUUAGAGAUGAAUAAUUAUACAAAUUACUUAUAGAGGAUGUAAACUAUUUAUAAUAUAUAUUAGAUUAAAGAAUAGGAAUACAAGUGGGAUUUGAUUGAGAAUAAUAGAGUUGAAUACUUAAUGGAGUUGAGUGAUCAAAUUCUAGAGAUUCUUAUAGAUGAAUUCUCGAAAGAAAUAUGA